AUGCCUACAGGACGCAGAUCGGUCGAAGAUCCCUCAUCCAGCACCGCCCUCACCGACCUCACCGACCUCACCAUCAGCUUACAGCUUUCCCUUUCCAUCCAAGACAACCCUUGCCACGUCCUCGAGAUCCCAGCAGAACUUAAGAACAAGAUUUAUAUCCACAGCCUCACACUGCCCGAACCACUUCUCAUCAUCAUCCGCGACCCGGACGUCAUUACUCUCGCAUCGAAUCAAGCAGCUCAACUUGGUGUCACACUCCUUGCCACCUGCAAACGCAUCAACACCGAAGCAACACCAAUCUUGUAUAGCCUCAACACAAUCAGCCUUCGCAACGGCGUCUACGUCCCACCAAUCCUCGAAGCGCUCCACCCCGGAGCCCACCACAUUCACAACAUCGAGAUCAGCCAUUUAACCCGUGGCGAAGUGGCAUCUUUGGUCGAAUACCUCCCACGGCUUCAAACACUUCAGAACAUCAUCGUCCAUGGGGACAUGUGCAGAUAUACAAACGAUCCCCUCCGGAUCGUGGAGAGAUUGGGACCAUUGGUCAAGGCUCUACGUACCAAAUGCAGGGAGAGCGGCAAGAAGGCCGUCAUGGAGAUGUUUCAGCUGCCACUUUCCGGACAGGAUGGACAAUGGUGGAUGCAAGUCCAGGAAGGAGUGCAGGAGACGAUUGAGUUUCUCGACGGUGCGGAUCGGAAUGGUGGGAGAGUGAGCAACCUCUAA